AUGUCUUCGGAAAUUGGUGUUGUCCUUGCACGAACACUCGCACCUCACACAAUCAACUGUAUUACUGAAACAUUGGUAUUUACUCUUCGCCCACCUGUGUAUACACCAACAUAUAUUGAACUCCAUCACUCAACAAUAGAAGAGUCACUUGAAUGGGUUGACUCAACAUUGUCGACACGUCCUCUUUCUUAUGUCAUUUCAAAUACAUUUCUUCCAAAACAAUUUGAUGGAGAUGUGCAAAGUGAGUCUUUCAAGUUAUCCCAACAAGCCGUAGAAAACAGUGGAUAUGAUCCACUCUAUGCACUUAACUUUGCACGGCGUUACAUCCAAAACUCGGAGAUACAAAAAGGCGGGAAAUUGGCUGCAAUUAAGACCAAAAAUCCAUGCCCGAUAUACACAUAUGAAAGUCUUGUUGCACUGUGGACGCUGUUAAGUAACAAAGAGAAGUUCAUUCACUUGUUGCAAGAAAAUAGAACACACCAGAUCCCCCCACUCAUCACUCUGAAGAUACAGAAAGUCGGAUUUACUGUGAGUGAACUGUGCUCGAAGUACGGCAUCGUCAUGAACGACUUCGACACACUCCCAUCAGACUUCUAUCACCCAAGUAUCAUCCACGGAGUCGUCCACACCUAUCGCGUCAUCAUUAACUCGUUACUUAUAGGACAUUUAAGUGGACACACGAGAGAAGGAAUACUUGCGAUGUGCGGAAGUACCAUCCACGACAUGGCGAGAUAUAAGGAUGGGGUUUGUAAGUCACACGGCGCGGAAGCAGUCAAGACGAAAAUGCCGAUCUUUCUUCCGCGAUUCAAAAGGUACGAGAUAAGUCAGAAGGAGUUGGGAUAUAUUGAAAUCGCAGUGACGAAACACUCGUGCGGAACACCAAAGAAAGAAGAUGAAGACUAUUUUGUGUCGGCGAUGUUGAAAGACGCGGACGCGCUUGAUAGGUGUCGAAUUGGCGAUUUGGAUAUUCAAAAACUGCGGUUUGAAGAAAGUCAAGAGAUUGCGUGGCUGUGCGAAUUUGUCUGCUUAAAAACACUGGAAAUGAAAGAUGUCAGUUUCAAAGAUUUUGUGAAUUUUGUCGAUAAUCUGGAGGUGUGGAAAAAAGACUGGACCUUCGAAGAGUGA